GCGGCUGUGCAAGGGCGACACCUCGCGGCCGUCGGCGGCGCCGCAGGGCACGGUCCCCCCCGCCCCCCCCCCCCGGCCGGCGGCGGAGCGGUGCCCACGGGCGUGGGGGGGCGUGGGGGGCCCGCGCAGCCGGGUCACCCCGUGGUGCCUCCGGUUCCCUGCCCCGUGGGAGCCGGGUGCUGCUCAGCGGAUGCUGACUCCGCUUCUCCUUCCCUUCUCUGGGUAGUAAGGAGGGAACAGGGAACCGUCCAGGGAGGGAGGGUGCCCGGGAAAAUCACCUCCAGAGGAGGAACCAUCCUGUCUCUGCGUUCGUGUGCGAGAUCUGUAUCCCUGGGGAGAGGUGUUUGUGGCUCUGGGAGCCAGUUCGUCCUCCGCCGACUUAUUCAGAGCGACUGCUUUCUGCUGUUGCCGUAAAAUGAAACCUCGCUGGGCAUCGAUAUUUGUUAUUGAAUGUGUCCGUAGGCAAAGCAUUACACCACGCCGGGACAUGAGAGGGCCGAGGUUGCCUCAUACCUCGUAGCCCAUUACAGAAAAUGACCCGUUUCUGUUUGUUAGCAAGCUAAACUUCAGUUUACAUCCAACAAUAACACUCGAAAGAGGAUUUGGGCUGGUUAUUUUUGCAAGGAAGAGUUACACGAGCUGUAGUCGUGUUUGAGGCAGCGAGUGGUAGUCGUGAUUUCCCAAUCGCAGGUGAGAGGAUGUUUGGGAAUGUUCUUGCGCUCAGGAUGUGUCCUGUAACCGAGCGCUGUGGUGUAAGCGUCAAACCGGGGCUGCUGCAAAACAAAUAUCAUCUCAGAAAAUGAAAUUUGGAAAAGAGUGAAAGGAAGACAGGUUAGCUCCUGAGCACCCAACUACAGAUCACAAUAGGCGCUUCUGUGUUUUCCUUAGAGAGAGACAGGGAUCUUUAGAAAAACAGCCUGAUAUGUCCGGUCUUGCCUAUGCUGACAUUUUCUUCCUUGGGCCACUGAAAACUUAAUACAGGAGGAAAUGGCACUGAAAUAAUUUACCUGAAGGUAGUUCUUUCAGUAUCAGAUGAGUGUAUUUCUGUGGAUUUUGAGGGUACAGAGGGAAAACGGCUUUGAAGGAUUUAAACAGUGCUCACACCUUAAAAAUAUUGGGUUCUUGUUCAGGAAAAGUCCCAUGGAAACCGGAGUGACUUUGGCUUUGCUGAUCAUUUCACAAGGCCUGCAAAAGGCUGGCGUGAACCAAAGCUUGUGCUACAUUUACUUCACUAUUACUACAUUAGAUUAAUCGUUGUUGCCUUUUAUUUGGAUUGCAAGCCCAUGAAAUCUUUUGCACAGAGUAAAUACUUUAAAGAUGUGCCAGAUUUCUAGGGCCCCAACAGGUGUAAAAAAAAAAGGUUCAAGUCGUCCUCUACCUCAAAUUUUGCGCUUCUAGAACUGUUGAAUUCAGAGCAUUCAGUUAGUGUGUUUUAAGCAAAAUACUCUUAUUUGUCUUGUCUUGCCUGAAACUUCCACCAGUAGAUAAACCGUUCUCAAUAAAAAACCAACUGAGCACUGCUUUCCCAUGACCUGCGUUCAUAGAUAUCAUAUUCAGAUAAAGGAGGCACAACGCUGACUAAUGCUGCUUUUUUGGAAGGAAAAUGACAAAAGCUAUUUGAGACAGGACCAGAAGUGCCAGCACUAAAUGACAGAUGAACAGCUGGUAGCAAAGGUGGCAGCUCUAACGUUUCCCUGUAUUUAUGGAGUAUUGAAACUAGGGAGUGUUAUCUGGGUUUGUUUCUCUAGGCUGGGUGCUUAUCUUCAGGUUCAGCAAUACUCUGGCUCCCAGGACAGGGUGUAAGAGAGCGGAUGUGUUUUGUGUAGCACAAGUGAGCGUUGCUCCCACUCCAGAGCUGUUGUCUGGAGCGUGGGGCAUGGCUGUGCCCCUCGCCCACCCCCCUGCUUCCAGUCUGUUCCCAUAUUUUGUCUGACAGCACUUGCUCCUUAUUAACAUAACUAUAGCUUCUUUGUGUCCUCUGUCAGAAGAAAUCCUGCAUCAGAAUAAAUUUCAGAGGUGACAGAUUGGAACAGUUUGACCAGAUGAUGGCACACAAAUGUCUCUGAGAUGGGCAGCACCUGUGGCUUUGCACCUCUCUGGCUUUGGCCCUGGGCGGGAGCAGUGGUUGGCACCGUUGCCUGCCUGCUUCUGGCUCGUCCUCUCUGGAUGUGGGACUCUGUAGUGGAGAUGAGGGAUUACAUGUAGACUCUGGGAGGGAGAAGGCAGUGGCUGCAGUAAAUGUUAUCUGUCUUUAUAUGACCUCAGGAAGCUCAAUUAUGCUAUAUUUUAGAACCUAUUAAAAAUGUGAUACUCUGGUUCAUGGAAAAUGAACCGGUGUGUGAUGGUCCUUCUAUAGGUAGUGACAUGCCCACUAAGACUGGAUUUCAGGCAGGAACCUGCAAAAGCCAGGAACGCAGUCUCAGGCCAUGGGGAUAAAAGCACAUGGGUUUCCUUGAGGCCGUGUCUUGUCAGAGCACCUUCUAAGGCUUCUCCUCUCUCUCACCACAGGCUCUGACCACAGGUUGAUUUGGCCAGUGAUGGGAGGUGAAGUGGCAGAUGCCACUCUCUGCUCACCCACUGUCAGGGGAACUUUUGCAGCCGCCGAGUUACAGUGUUCUCUGUAGAUCUGCCAGACGCGGGACAGCACAGAGCAAAACACCCCUGCGGAAGGUGCCGGAGGGGCCACCUGCCUCCCAGGAAGGGCCGAGGGGUCUGGGGGCUGGCGUGCCUCAGCCCCCUGCCCUUCUCGGGGAGGCAGCUGGACCCCAGCCGCACGCUUUGCACGGGGUAUUUGAGGCCAGCCGGGUGCUCUGCGGGUCUGCACAGAGCCCCCAAGACCCCGGAGAGCCCGGCGGGGAGCCCGCAGCCCCCGGGAGCUGGGAGCGGGGGAAGACCUUUGCGUGCGGGCAGCGGGGCUCUCCCCGGCCCCGAGCAACGGGGCGCCGAUCGCAGAUAUACGUCCAGGCUGGAGGGAUCGUCCCCGGCUGGGAGGAGCCAGCAGCUCCGCUGCUGUAAACAGUGCGGGCACCGCCAGCGGUUGGAAGAUGGAUAUAAAUAGGGAGGCGGAGGGGAGGCAGCCGGAGCGGAGGAGCGGCAGCUGCCUGCGCCUGUCUGCUCCUGCCUGCUCCUGCCUGCCCCUGCUGGCUGCGGCCAGGGUGCCCAGCAGCCCGGGUCGGGAGCUCCCGGGAGGCGGCGUACAAAGUUUGCGGCUCGGCGCUGCCGGGGAUAGAUAUCCAUCCUAAGAAUUAAAAAUCCUGAAGAAUGGCUCCACCUACCUCCAAAUAUCUGGCCAAAACCUUCAUUUUUCUUCUGUUUGUAAUCUCUUCUGUAAGCACAGCAGAAGCAGCUGUCGCAUGUCCUGAUAAGGAUCCUGAGUUAGAAAGCUGGAACCCAGGUCACAAUGAAGAAAACCGCAUUGAAAUUCGUAAUGGCAGGAAGCUCCUUCUGUCUUCUUCUGCAACUGUCCACUCUAUCCACAUUACUGACGGAGGAAAACUGGUCAUUAAAGACGAUGUGCAGCCUAUCAUUUUGCGCACUAGACACAUACUCAUUGAACAUGAUGGAGAGUUACACAUCGGCAGUGAGAUAUGCCCUUACCAAAGCAAUGUGGUUAUCAUCUUAUAUGGGCGAGCGGAUGAUGGCAGCCAGCCGAAUCCCUACUUUGGGCAGAAGUAUCUUGGAGUAAGUAAGGGUGGCACUCUUGAGAUCCAUGGAAAGAAAAAGCUGUCCUGGACUUUCUUAAACAAAACUCUUCAUCCUGGUGGCAUGGAAGAAGGUGGAUAUUACUUUGAAAGGAGCUGGGGCCAUCGAGGUGUCAUCGUCCAUGUUAUUGACCCAAAGACGGGAGCAGUUGUCCAUUCAGAUCGGUUUGAUACCUACAGAGCAAAAGAGGAAAGCCUACGUCUUGCCCAGUAUUUGGGCAGAGUUGCGAAUGGCAUGAUCCUGUCAGUUGCAGUGAACGAUGAAGGAUCUAGAAACUUGGACGACUCGGCCAGGAAAGCAAUGACCAAACUGGGCAGCAAGCAUUUCCUCCACCUUGGGUUUAGGCACCCGUGGAGUUUUAUUACCGUUAAAGGAAAUCCCUCCUCUUCUGUUGAAGACCAUAUUGAAUAUCAAGGUCACAAAGGAUCAGCUGUGGCCAAAGUAUUCAAACUAUUCAAAGCUGAGAAUGGAGAACAUUUUAACAUCUCUUCAACUAGUGAGUGGGUUCAAGAUGUAGAAUGGACAGAGUGGUUUGAGAAGCCUAAUAAAGCAAGAUCCAAGGACAUGGAGAAGCUUUCUGACUUCAAAGCUGCUCAUCCUGAUAAAAUCUGUAGGCAACCCAUUGACAUCCAGGCAAUGACGCUUGAUGGAGCUAAUUUAACAACUGAGGUUUUCUACAAGAGUGGCCACGAUUACAGGUUUCUGUGCCAUGGCAAGGACCAGACGGGCGAGGGCUGCCAGAACUACAGAGUACGGUUCCUGUGUGGCAGAUCUGUGAAACCAAAGCUUACGGUAACCAUUGACACCAAUGUGAACAGCACAGUCCUGAAUCUGGUGGAUGAUGUGAGCUCAUGGAAACCCGGAGACAGGCUGGUGGUUGCAAGCACUGACUACUCCAUGUACCAGGCAGAGGAGUUCCAAGUACUGCCAUGCAGAGCCUGCAGACCCACCCAGGUCAAGGUAGCAGGGAAAGCAACAUACCUCCAUAUCGGCGAAGUCGUUGAUGGUGUUGACAUGCGGGCCGAAGUGGGGCUGCUGAGCCGCAAUGUCGUGGUGAUGGGCGAGAUGGAGGGGCGGUGCUAUGAGUACAGCAGCAAGUUAUGCUCCUUCUUUGAUUUUGACACCUUUGGGGGACACAUCAAGAUUGGUCUUGAUUUUAAGGCUACCCAUAUUGAAGGUCUAGAACUGAAAUACAUGGGCCAGCAGACAAUGGGACAUUACCCAAUUCAUUUCCAUAUGGCUGGAGAUGUGGAUGAGAAAGGAGGCUACAACCCUCCAACAUACGUGAAGGAUGUCUCCAUCCACCAUACCUUCUCCCGCUGUGUCACAGUCCAUGGAUCCAAUGGUUUACUGGUGAAGGAUGUAGUGGGUUAUGAUGCACUGGGCCAUUGCUUCUUUACGGAGGACGGACCAGAAGAGCGCAACACAUUUGAUCACUGCCUUGGGCUGCUUGUUAAACCUAGCACUCUGCUACCCUCUGACCGAGACAGCAGGAUGUGCAAACUGAUCACAGAGGGCGCUUACCCAGGGUACAUCCCUAAACCCAGGCAGGACUGCAGCGCCGUAUCCACCUUCUGGAUAGCCAACCCACACAACAACCUUAUAAACUGUGCAGCUGCGGGAUCUGAAGAAACAGGCUUUUGGUUUGUUCUGCACCACGUGCCGACGGGGCCCUCAGCAGGCAUGUAUUCCCCUGGCUACUCGGAGCACAUGCCGAUGGGGAAAUUCUCCAACAACCGCGCGCAUUCCAACUACCGGGCUGGAAUGAUCAUUGAUAAUGGUGUUAAAACCACUCCGGCCUCUGCCAAGGACAAAAGACCUAUCCUGACACUGAUCUCUGGGAGAUACAGCCCACACAAAGAUGCUGAUCCUUUGAAGCCCAGGGAACCUGCAAUAAUUGAGCGCUUUAUUGCCUACAAGAAUCAGGAUCAUGGGGCCUGGCUGCGGGGUGGAGAUGUGUGGCUGGACAACUGCCAGUUUGCUGACAACGGCAUUGGCCUGACCUUGGCGAGUGGUGGGACUUUCCCUCAUGAUGACGGUUCAAAGCAAGAAAUCAAGAACAGCUUGUUUGUUGGCGAGAGUGGAAACCUGGGCACCGAGACAACGGACAACGAGAUUUGGGGUCCUGGAGGUCUGGAUCACAGAGGAAGGACCCUGCCCAUUGGCCCGGAUUUUCCUAUUCGAGGGAUUCAGUUCUACGAUGGACCUAUCAACAUCCAGAACUGCACCUUCCGCAAAUUCGCUGCCCUGGAUGGCCGGCACACGAGUGCCCUGGCCUUCCGGCUCAAUAAUGCCUGGCAGAGCUGCCCCAACAACAACGUCACCGACAUUCACUUUGAAGAUGUCCCUAUAACCUCAAGGGUCUUCUUUGGAGAACCCGGACCCUGGUUCAAUGAUCUGGAUAUGGAUGGUGAUAAAACAUCAGUUUUUCAUGAUGUAGAUGGCUCUGUGUCAGAAUAUCCAGGCUCAUACCUGAUAAAAGAAGAUAACUGGUUAAUCAAGCACCCUGACUGCAUUGAUGUGCCUGACUGGAGAGGUUCCAUCUGCAGCGGACACUUUGCACAGAUAUACAUCCAAGCCUACAAGCCAGCCAACCUGAAAAUGAAAAUAAUAAAAAAUGACUACCACAAUCACCCACUCUACUUGGAAGGGGCUUUGAGCAAAAGCACUCAUUAUCAGCAGUAUCAGCCAGUCAUAACCCUGAGAAAAGGCUACACCAUCCACUGGGACAAGACAGCCCCUGAAGAGCUGGCCAUAUGGCUCAUCAACUUCAACAAGAACGACUGGAUCCAAGUAGGGUUUUGCUAUCCUAAAGGGACAACAUUUUCCAUUCUCUCAGAUGUCCACAAUCGUCUCUUGAAGAAAACAUACAAAACUGGAACCUUCUAUAGAACCUCUCAAAUGGAGAAAUUGGAGCACAGAUAUCCUAGCAAAGGAUACUACUACUGGGAUGAGGACACUGGGCUGCUGUUUCUGAAACUCAAAGCUCAAAAUGAGAAGGAGAAAUUUGCUUUCUGCUCUGUCAAAGGCUGUGAACGAAUAAGGAUCAAAGCUGUAAUCCCCAAGACAGCUGGCAUCAGUGACUGUGAAGCCACAGCUUAUCCCAAGUACAUUGAGACACCAAUAGUAGAAGUGCCAAUGCCUAAGAAGCUUUCUGGUGCACAACUGAAGACUAAGGACCACCUACUAGAAGUGAAAAUAGAAACUUAUAGGAAACAGUACUUCCACCUAAAGGAUGACUUUGCAUACAUUGAGGUUGACGGUGUCAGGUUUUUCCUCACUGAUGAGGGUAUCCAACUGGUUAUGAUUGAUGGACAUCAUGGAAAAGUUGUUGAUCGAGUAACAUUCAAAAACUCAAUUCUACAAGGAAUCCCAGCACAGAUAGAAAAUUAUGUCAACAACAUCAAAAAUCACUCCAUAGUGCUGGUGACAUCUAAAGGAAGAUUAAUUUCAAAAGGACCAUGGACUAAAGCAUUGGAGAAACUUGGAGCCGAAGAGGGUUUUAGGUUAAAAGAAAAAAUGGCUUUUGUCGGCUUCAAAGGCAGCUUCCGCCCUGUCUGGGUGAAGCUGGUCACUAAUGAGGACUCAGCUAAAAUCUAUCAAGCACUGCCAAUUCCUGUGGUGAAGAAAAUGAAAUUAUGAGGACCCACUGCUCUGCCUUCUGGCUGCCAGCACUGCCCCCGUGGGACGGACUACUGACUGCUCACCCCAGGCACCUUGCCAGCUCCAGAGGUGUAGCAUUUUGUUGUCGUUGUUGUUGAAAAACAAAUCUUACUGUAAGUAGCUAGAGUGGCCACAGGUGACAGAAAAGCCUCUCUCUGUGAUCAGCGUAUGUUCUGUGAUCACCAGCUCCUCGCCGGCUGACUUGCUCACUGAUGCCAUGUUGACUCUCAUGUUACUAAGCAAGGUUUGACCUUUUUUACAAGGUGCUGGUUUUAUCAGCACCCCUGUGACAGACUAAUUUAUGUGCUGCCUCUCAAAGGGGGAGUUCUAGGUCUGAAGGUCAUUGAGGAUUAUUGUUUUUACCAGCCUCUAAGUUGUCCAAACACUUUUUUUUUCCUAUAGUGUAACUAGCUGCUCACAUAAUCACAGAAUGCCAGUUCAAAGGCUGGUUGAAAAUCUAAGAUAGAAAGAGUAUAUUUGAACGAUUGCCUAGAUGCUGGGAAACAUAACUGGACAGUAAGAAUUUAUCCUAAAGCUUCUAUGACAUUCGAUCAAGGUCUUUGGGAUCUGUGUUGUACAUGCUAACCCACAGCACAUAAUUGGCGAAGGGAUGACAGAAGGAGAAGAUAAAGCAUACCAGUGGAGACUGAUGAAACCACUUCUUUCUGGUGGCUGAGAAAACUUCAUUUCUCCUAUGGAUUGAGGUUUUUUAACAGUGGUUGUUCAACAGGAAGUUUUCCUUCAACAAGCAGCUGUAGGCUAGAAGGAAAGCAAUGUCAGUCAGCACAUAUACUUUCUCAGUCCUUCCUGUACAGUCCCUCUGUAUAAUCACGUUCAGGAUCAGUCUGGAGGGUUUACAGUAGCCAGUCAAAGACAACAUCCUGUUCAAGGCUUCUAGUUUUUAACUGGGAAUACUGGGACUCAUCUUAUUCAGCCUCAGAUAGGAUGAACGGCCCUUGCCUUUCCAGGGAGUUUGGAGGGAACAGGAUCAGACCGUUCUGCUGUGUGUCAUUUUCUGAUCACAUCCUCAGGCUUAAGGGCAUGAGUGUCUUGGUCCUCCUGGAAGAGUUACAUGACAUCUGGAUGGAAGGUGACAGAGGUCUUAACCGGGUAGCUGAAGAAUUACAGUGAGACUCCCCAUACACUAGUUAGGUGUCUUGUACCUCCUUUCCGUCUUCUUCAGAGCAAUAGCUGGGUAAUGAAGGCAGGUUAGUGUGAAUCAGGACUCCUGCGGGGACAUCUUUUGAAGCUGGGAAAUUAAACAUUAGUUUGUAAAAUGUAAGCACUUCCAGUGUUCAGUGAUACUUCUGUCUGUUGCUAAGAAAUGCCAUGAAGGCAUCUAUGGAGCCUGUGGCUAUUCUAAGAAAUCUAAGAGGGAAUAAAAGAUGGGAUGAAGAGCUUUUCAAAGCACCUAUAACAUCGAUUUUGCCAAUAGUAUCUGGGUUGGUUUCCCCGCUUUGUCUCUGCCUGUCCCCAUUGCUACAGAAAUUAUUCUAGCUGCUGAUGGUUACUUCGUUUUGCUCUGUUUUAAUUAAAGCUCAUGUAAUCAAGUUGCUUUUUUCCAACAGUAUCCAAAAUGCUAUCUCGCAGCUAGAAUGAAAGAGCAAUCAUUUUGUGUGUCAUUCCAAAGUCUUGGCAGGGGUUGCACUCUAUAAGCCUAGUUUAGAUCAAUUGCUCUGAAAAUCAAAGCAACCAUGAGCAAAAUUUAGAUAGUAUUGUACGUUUCAUUCCCCUCAAGCCUCUCCUGGGUUUUGAAACUGGAAAUCUUCUUUUCAAUCUUAGUAUAUAGCUGUUUUGAACUUGCUGAAUGUCAUGUGUAUUGUAUUUAAAAAAAAAAAAAAAAAAAAGAAGAGCCAAGCUUCCCCUCCCUUGCUUCUCAACCACAGUGUGUUAAUGGAUGCUCUUUAGGUGUUUGUGCCAUUUCCAGAAUGAAUGGGCGACACUUGUAAAAGGCAAGUAAGGUGGGUUGGUUCUUUGCCCAAUGGCUUAUGAUGAUUUGGGGAUUUCACAAACUAUUCAGUGAAAAAAUCACUUGUGGUUCAACUAUGAUUAUCCAAAUAUCAUUUAUCUGAUGUUCUGUGAUAGCCAAAACAGAGCCAGAUCCCUGAAGUCAAGCAAACAGACCAAAAAAAAAGUCCCUUGAGUACAUUAGUCUGGGUCAUCUAAACCCCUUCACUGUGCUGAAGCGAUUCUGUUGAUAUUAUUGGACCAGUGUUAGUGGAACACACUUGCUUCCAAGAGAUGGACCAAAGCAGGAGUAUUUCUUACAUGAGCACUUGACAAAUGGUGGGCAGGAAAGCUGGGCUCAGAAUGUACCUGGUUUGGGGUUUGGCUUUUUACGACCCCCUGGGACGGGGGUACUCUGUGGUGCACUGAGUCACUGGGUCACCAGCACUUUUCCUUAACUCCUGCUCUCUGUAAAUGCCCAGGAGGAUCAUGCCAGGUGGGUCUAUCCCCUAGACUGGUUUGUUCAGCUUCUACAAGUACGCUGCCUUUGUGCUAAAGUGUAGCCUCUGAUUCUACUAUUUUGGGAAUUCUCAGGGUGAAAUCAUAAGACUUGGCUCUAGGAAAAACUUUUAUUCUUCCCUCCAAAAAAGUCUCAUCUUAUUAAGAGAAGAAAACUUUUAAGUAGCUUGUUCUAUCGUGCAAAGCUUGUCACACGGGGCCUGUUUUGGAGCUAGGGCGUGUCUCACGCUGUGAAUAUGGGGUACGGGAUCACUGCAGUCUGUAAGCCUGAGCGCUAAUAGAGCAUCGUAGCAGAGUGUAACAGGGCAGACAUGCCUGUGAAAUGCAAAGGACUCCCAUCGGCCUUUACAGGAUGAAGCCAGUGUGUUGCUCUGAAGACAGAACGAAGCCUAAUACCAUCGCCAGUCAGCAAUAGUUUUGUGCCAUGUAAAUUCUUUUUUUGACUGUACUAGAAAUUGCCCAUGUACAUUUUGACUAGUGAAUUACCUGACGGCUUGUUCUUUGUACAUCCUUUUAACAGUCCCUGCACAAGCUGCAGUUAUCCUCUUUGUAAGGUUUUAUUACUGCAAAUGUUUCCAUGUUUGCCUACACAGUUGCCAUUGUUAGAGUGGGGUAUCUUGAUUGCAUUUUGUUUGUUUGACUGUUUGUUUGUUUGGAUGUUUGGGUUUUUUGCCUCUGUUCAAAUGCUAGUUUUACCUGUCGCCGAAAUAGCUGGUCCUUUUUCGGAGUUAGAUGUUUGUACAUUUUAUUAUAGACUUUCCAAUGAAAAAAGAUAUAUUUUCUAUUAAUUUAUUACAAUGGCACUAAGACAACUAAAUUGCAGACAUAUGAAGCAUUUUUACUGGGGUUUAACAUUGUCCAGGUUGUUAAGGAGGUCAGUAAUACGUCGUUUCUGAUAAUCUGCUUUGCACUUGAAAGGUCUCUAUGUCCACAGUCCGUGGUAAUGCAUUGACUGUCUGGUUUAUGAUGACAAGAGCUCUUGGGACGUUGGUUCCAACAGAUUGUGGCUUACAACUGAAAUAACAUGUAGUUGUUUGGAGUACACAAUGUUUAUCAAAAUAAAUAUUCAAUGCAAA